UAUAAACUACACCGAAACGUUGUGUCUUACUGCAGAGGUUUCGUCGAAAUAUCAUUUAAAAUCGAGAGGUUACCUUAUUCUAAGAUUACACGUCAUUACCAGUCUAACAUCAUUUAAGCCACGAAUUUUGGUAAAACAGUUGCCCUGUUUAUUGUUUAAGAAAUACAUUGAAUUUUGAAUGUUAUUUCGGUGAACAUUCUCCACAGGGAUAUCAAGUUCAUUAUCAUUUAAUUAUCUUCUUCGGGUUCAACAAUGUUUUAAAGAGUAACUAACACGAUCAGUACCUGCCCUUUAAGCUGUAAAGUGUUGGUAGGGACAGGUGUAAACAUUCGUGAGUAAGGCCGUCGUCUGCAAAGUUAUUGUGUGUGCGAGCAGAUGUUCGUUCCUGCCUUCUGCAAGCAGGAGAACGCGCUGUUAAAGUUUCUUCGACCGAAGAACGCGAGAGGAUAUUGGUGUACAUCGGCAGUAAAAUAGGAACAAAUGAUCGCUUGAAUGGAUUAUUACUGAAUCACAUUUCUGCAUGGCGGGAUGUUUGAGCUGUGGAGGAGGAGGUAACAUUUCUCCAGAAAGUGUCAGGAGAUGGACAGAGAAACUAUCGAAUGUGUUACUCAGUUCAAUAGCAAGGCAGAAACUUCAUGACUAUCUUGAAUCUAGGGACUUGGAACAAGGACAAAGACUACUGGAAUUCUGGGAGAAAUGUAAUACAUUCCUGAUUCAAGCUGAGAAAUCAAAGCACCUCAACCUGGAAUGGAGCCGAGAUACUCCAGAGAAGAGAGCAAGGUCCCCUACGGGUCUUGGAUCAAUCCAAAGGCAUUGCAAAACAACACUGAAGCAAGAGGCGCAGUUCAUUCUAAAGUUUGCAGAUUCUGAUAUUAACUUUGAUCAGGCACAGAUGCAAGCUUUAUACACUGCGAUCGAGAGUGAGGACAAUCAUACAAUAAUGCGGGCUAUAUCAGAGGCCAAACAGAAAUCAGCUGAAAUGCUGGAAGAAGAAGGAUACCACGAGUUCUGCCGAUACCUGCUUAAGGGACAAGGGUUAUUGAAAGAAGGAGACUAAAAUGUUUUAAAUGUCGUAAAACGGGGAAGGAAGAUAAGCUAUGAUUAUAGAGACCAGAACAAUUAAGUAUGCAGCAAUGAAUGAAUAGAAUGAACAGAUUAACCUGAGUUUUGUGACAUUUCAUAAAACUUCCUGCAAUGUGAAGCCACAGCAUUCUUUCCUGUUUAAGAAAUAUUUGUAAUAAAGUGCUUUAUUAAUUUUUUAAUGUU